CGAUUAAACUGUUCUCCCCAAGUGCAUGGCUGAGGCCUCAGGGCAAUUACAGCCCAAAUAUAGAACCUGGAACUGAGAAGGCCCAGUUUAAAUCUAAUUUGCGCGCAUUGUCUGUGAUUCACGAACACACGCAACAUUCUCCGAUCUGUCCACCUUCAGCCGAAACCAACAUAAAGCAGCUGCUGGAUCGCCAAUCUCAAGACCCGCAAAUGGGAAAAAAUAAAGAGGCAAGGCCAAGACACUAAUACAUAGCCAAUCACUUGGUACCUCCACUUCCACUUCCACUUCAACUUCAGCUUCAAUUUCAACACUCCUGUUUUGCUUUCUGUUUGGUUUUCCCUCUUAAACAGAGUCUGGCUUGAUUUCUUUUUCAUUAAUCUGCAUUGUGAUUGGAGGUGAAUAAGGAUAUGUCUUCUGAUACUGCAAGAGAAAAUGCAUCUGUAGUUGAUUCAUCGGUGACUGAAUGGAAAAAUGACAUGGGAAAUUCAGAUGAUUUAGAGAAUGAGGAUGGCUAUCUCUUUAAGGCACAAGACCUAGAGCAUUCUCAUGUGGCAGAGAAAAGGGGCAAAUUGUGUAAUACAAGAUAUUUCAUCAUUAAGAGUUUGAACCACCAAAAUAUUCAACUAUCAAUUGACAAAGGAAUUUGGGCUACUCAAGUCAUGAAUGAACCAAUUCUAGAAGAUGCUUUUCAUAAUUCUGGUUGUGUUAUUUUAAUAUUUAGUGUCAACAUGAGUGGUUUCUUCCAAGGUUAUGCCCAAAUGAUGUCUUCUGUUGGAUGGAGGCGAGAUAAUGUUUGGAGCCAAGGAAGUGGUAAAGGUAAUCCUUGGGGCCGCAGUUUUAAGGUCAAAUGGCUCUGCUUGAAUCACCUGCCUUUCCAAAAGACUCUACACCUUAAGAACCCAUUGAAUGACUACAAACCUGUCAAAAUCAGCAGGGACUGCCAGGAAUUACCUCAAGAUAUAGGGGAAGCUCUUUGUGAGCUCCUUGAUAUGAGUAAUGAUGUGGAUGUUUUGCUGAAAAGUUAUACCAGGGAUGAUCUAGCUUCAAAGAGGCCUUGCCUAGAACAUCCAUAUUCUUUAGGAGAUCAAGAUUAUAGUGUGCCUCCGCUGCAUGUGCCUUGGCCUGGUACACCCAUGCCUUACAAUCCCUUCCUCUAUCAGCAUCAGGCGGACCCAAAUAGAUUCCAUUUAACACAUCCGCAUACUUUGGCCACUGAGUAUUUUCCUACCAGUAUGGGAACAUCAAAGGUUGCAAGUAUGAAAAAUUCUCGCAUCAACAGAAAUCUCACCAAUCUACAAAUAAACCAUGAUAUGUCUACUCAAUUUGAUGCUUGGUGUUUAUGUGCAGAAAGCCCACUUGCUAGUACCUUGACUGAGGAUGAUUUCCUUGAAAUGACAUAUGAAGAGUACCUAGAAGCUCAUGGCAGAACAAGCAAACAACUAUGCCGCCCUGUCAGUGUGAUGAUACCAUCUCCGACAGUGCAAGAGUCAACAAGUGGAAAGCAUGGAGAUGAUUCAAACACAAGUUUGGUAACCGACCGGCGCCAUUCUCGUAAGAGGACACAUAACUUGUCCUAGAUUGUUUCUAGCUCCAGUGCUUGAGAGAUCGUGGUUUUUUUUUUCCCGUCCAUUAUCAUCUGGUGGAGCUCAAAUUGACCUCAAGGUGGUUAUUAAGUGUAAGUAAAAAUUGUUAAUUGAAUCUGAUACUUGAGAAUUGAGAUACAAUUUAGACACAUAAUUUUGUCAUGUUGUACACAUUUAUGUACUCUAUUCUAUGAACUGAUUGUAGUAUUUUUACAAGGGGCAACUUGCAAAUUUGUACAGAAAUCAAUGGCAAUGUCAUGCCCCAACUUUUAACA